AUGGAGGGAACAACAGGCCCUACGCUGACGGACCGCGCCGCCCCGACAUACUCGGCGAUGGUGACUCUGGCAGCCACAAUUGUCUACACCUUUUCAGUCCAUGCCAGUGUCGUGGCCUCCGAAAGUGUAGAAGCCUUGGCCGAGCAUCUGCCUGUUGCGCUCAAGCUGGAUCUCAUCGCCAGCGCCCUUGCGAUCAUCGCCCUCAUGAUCCCAAAGAUUUCCAUUGCCCUCCUGCUCGUUCGCAUCCUCAACCCCAGCCGACCGAUGAAGAUCUUCAUUCUGUCAACGUCCAUUCUGGCCUUGGUGAUGGGGGUCAUCGCCGUGAUCAUCGAGUUCGUGCAGUGUGACCCCAUCCCCGGUCAGUGGGACCCGGAUCGAUACCAUCCUACGUGCUGGAGUCCGAACGUCCAGAUGGAUUAUUCCUAUUUCGUCGGUGCAUGGUCGGCCGCGCUGGACUUUCUCUAUGCGGCCUAUCCCGCCUCGGUCAUCUUGAAACUGAAUUUGCCCACAUCCCGGAAGAUUGAAAUCACCAUCUUGAUGGGGCUGGGAAUCAUCUCCGGAUCGGUGGCUAUCUACAAGACCAGUCUCUUUCGCCUCUUCAUGCUCCGCAAAAACAUCCCGCAAGAAGCGCUCUAUGUGAUGAGCCAGCUGAGCAUGUGGACGAUUAUCGAAACCAACAUCACUAUCAUUGCCGCCUGCAUCCCGCUGACCUCACCGGUCUGGCGGAUUGUCAAGCGGCAUGCGGCUGUCCACCUGAACAAGAUCGGGUUCGAUAUUCGUACCACCACCACAGGCAGCGGCUCGCGUCGUGCCGGUCAAGGCUAUCGCGAGUUUUCCAAAGGAACAGAUAAGAAAAUGUCCUCUCGCAGCGCCAAUGGAAUACACGGCCAAGAUGACAGCCAAUUCAGCGAAGACCGCAGUCGCAUCUACAUUCAACAUGAUAUCCAGGUUGAUCAAACCGGUACAGCCCAUUAUUCGGACACCAUUCCGCUUUCCCAUGUACGAGACUUGCCUUGA